GCAGAGUUAGGAUCGCACGUGCCCUGCACUGAUGGUUGUUUACAUUUGGCGCAACUUAAAAUUAGAGCAGCAUGUGUGAAUCUGGAGAGCAGGUGCUGUCAGAUGUCCAUGUUUACGUCCCUCCAUCUUCUCAGCUGAUAAAUGAGGGACAUGCAAUUACAAGAUUCUACUUUGAAAUUCCUGAUUCAUCAAGUCAGCUAGUCUCAUCGCCAUCACGCAAGACACCACACACUGCACAGGAAAAUGUGUGCUGGUCUAGCGCAAAGCAGAGAUUGGAAUCUAGGCACUUGGAAUCACAUGAUGAUGAUGAUGAUGAUGGGGAUGAUGAUGAUGAGUCUGUUGCCAUGGCAACAGUAGAUGAGGAUGGAGAUUUGGUGGUUGUUAGGAAGAGGAGGAGCCACUGUGAGCUGCAGAACGUCAUUGUUAUAAAUCACUCCAUGGCGACUACACUUGAUAGCGUUGGACUGCAGGUUUGGCAGGGUUGUCUGCUUCUCUGCGAUUUCCUCCUGACUCACCGGGAGAUGUUCAAGGGCCGGGUUGCCUUGGAGAUGGGGUCAGGGGUCGGACUGGCCAGCAUCGUCAUGGCAACGGCUGCAUCCCAUGUAUUCGCCACAGACACUGGGACAAACGUCUUGGAGAUGUGCCAAAGAAACAUCGACCACAACUGCCACAAUUUGGUGGGUUAUUCGGAUAAGAGUGAGGAAAAGGCAGUCGUCCAAGUGAGAGAGUUAGACUGGCUUCAGUCCACCAAGAGUACAGAUGAUCCUGGUCCUUUUCAAUGGAGUGAUAAAGAUAUUGAGAAACUGGAAGAAGUCACUGUUAUUAUUGCUGCAGAUGUUGUAUACGAUGAUGAUUUGACUGAUGCUUUCUUCAACACACUUAUUCGACUCAUGUCUACAGGGAAGGAUAAGACUGCAUUUCUAGCUCUGGAAAAAAGAUUGAAUUUUACAAUUCAGGAUCUGGACGUGACCUGUAAAGCCUACGACCACUUCCGCUGGCAUAUUACAAGGUUAACCUCCUCUCAAGAUGUGAAAUACUGUGUUGAGCUGCUGCCAAUCGAUUUCCCACUGUGUUUUCAGUACCGAAGAACUGAGCAGCUGGAGAAAGAGAGUGCUGUUUCCUUGUGGUCUGGUGCAUCCAAUUACAGAUCUUAA